AUGUCACUUCCUCGAGUCUCCUACUUGGAGUCGUGGGAGAACAAUCCAGCCUUAGUUCGUCGUCAUCAAGAUCGCGACCAGAGCCCUGGCCGAGCAGUCCACCGUGACGAUGACGAAGAGUCCUACCAUGACAUUCCGGACAGCUCAGUAGCGUCCUCGUUUCCAUCAACCACCGAUCUUCCUUCUUCUCGGCAUCGCCUGAAUUUCAACCCGUAUGGUGGUUUGGGAUGGACUCAGGCCGUCGGGGCGGAAGAUGAUACCAAUGUUCUCUCGAAGGCGUCCUCCAUUGUUUCGAGGCAAGGCCAGGCCGAUCGAACGGCUGAAGCGGGACGCGUGCGACAAUCUGGGGAUUCGCAGCUCGAAACCUGGGGGCCCUUAGAGACCACUGGUGCUUUCGAAGUUAGCAAGGCAAAGCGAGUUGUCCAGGUGUCCUUUGCCGUGAUAUACUGUUUCCUUGCCGCCGGAAUAGUGUUCGGAUUUGCGGCGAUCAAGCCGGUAUUCAUCCGUGAAGGGGUCUACCAUGAUUUCUGCUUUGAAGGAGAGGAUAUUUGCUAUAGACAGGAACUCAGCCUCAACCUGAUGUUCACGAUAGCGGCUGUGGCGACAAAUGUGUCUGCGCUCCCGGUCGGAACCAUUCUCGACACAUACGGCCCACGAGUCUGCGGAAUUAUUGGCAGCACGCUUCUUUUCACCGGAGCACUCCUCCUUGCUCUUGCCAAGCGCCUCCCGUUCGACGCCUACGUUCCAGGUUAUCUCCUCUUAGCUUUGGGAGGGCCGUUCAUUUUCAUUUCAUCCUUUCAGCUCUCGAACACCUUCCCAGCCAGGUCCGGGCUGAUCCUUUCUGCCUUGACUGGUGCUUUUGAUGCCUCGAGUGCCUUAUUCCUUAUUUUUCGGAUCAUAAACGAGAAGACGAAUGGCGUCUUCUCGACUCAAAAAUUCUUCUUGGUUUACCUUGUAGUUCCUAUAUUCAUAAUGAUUGCGCAGUUGUCGGUCAUGCCAAAGACGUCAUACAAGACGGCUGGAGAGCUCGUUCAACAAGCGGAAGACCACAUCAUCGCCGAAGUAACGGACCGUGUCGACGAACAAAUUCUAGAUCGCGACGAAGGCGAGAGACAGCGGAAUGAUCGUCGGAUGCACCGACAGAGUAUCGUCAGCAAAAUCCAGGACCUUCUAGCCGACGAAGCCAAUGCAUCUACUAUAAAUGAUCUUGGCUUAGCAUUGAACGACGGUAGAGACACCAACGAGGCCAAUACGACCCCAGCCAGGCCUGGACCAAGUGUCCCGAACAAGCACAUGGGUGGCGGCGUCUGGGGUGCAAUGCAUGGCUACUCUGCUGUUGAGCAAAUCCGCUCUCCGUGGUUCGUUCUUAUCACGGUCUUUACCGUCUUGCAAAUGCUCCGGAUCAAUUACUUCGUUGCAUCCAUCAGACAGCAGUACGAAUAUUUAUUCGGCUCGGCUGAGGACGCGCGGCAUAUUAAUGAACUAUUUGACUUCCUGCUGCCACUUGGCGGUCUUUGCGCCGUUCCGUUCAUUGGGACCAUCCUCGACAACGCUAGCACUCCGUUUGUCCUUUUCGUCCUGGCCGCAACGGCAACUGUAAUCGGCGCGCUAGGUUGCAUCCCAAAUAGUUACCUAGCGGCCUACGCCAAUAUUAUCCUCUUCGUCAUCUACCGCCCAUUCUACUAUACGGCAGUGUCGGACUACGCCGCCAAAGUCUUUGGUUUUCACACAUUUGGUAAAGUAUACGGGCUGAUUAUCUGUGUCGCGGGCCUGGGAAACUUCGCUCAGGCUGGCCUGGACGCCCUCACAUUUACGGUAUUCAAUCGCAAUCCAAUCCCAGUCAACCUCAUACUUACUAGCUUCACGGCCGUGGCCGGUUUCGCGCUCAUGCUAUUCGUUGGGCGCAAAGCGGCUGUUAUGUCUGCGUCGAAUGAAUCUGAGACGCGGGCGGACCCGGAAGUUGCCUCCUUAAUCCACAAUUAUGACGGCGUCGCGGCCCGAGACUGGGAGCGGGAGCGGCAGCCCCUUCUUUCGCCACGUUCAGUGCCUAGACCGCAGCCACAAUCUGCGUCUUAUGGGAGCAUGAGGUCUCCUUGA